GCUGCUGGUCACAUGUGCAAGAGAGCCAAGGCCCACGUGCAUGAUUCUUCAAGAUGGCAUUGCUCAUGUCUGUCCUCAAUCAGCUGUAAUCCCAGAUUAAAUAGCACGUCCCUACAGCAGCGUCUGUGCUUUGAUUUCUUUAUUGGCUCUGAAGUUUCUCUCUCUCUCAUUAAGCCUUUUGUUUAUUCAUAGAUUUAAUGCAAUUAACACAAUUCUCUUAACCCAGCACAUUUUUUCAUUUAUUUAUAAAUUCAUAAAUCUACCUUGGUGGUUCCCCCUUUGUUGUCAUGAGUGACACAGGGUAACUAACUGUAUGUUCGUUGUGUAAUAAUCCCACCACUAUAAUUAGCAACUUGAGGGAAUAGCCUGCAAUGUAUAAAAAGUAAGCUGGGGGCUUUUUAUUUUUAUCUGCUCGGCAUGAUGAUGAUGAUGAUGAUGAUGAUGAUGAUGAUGAAACUGCCCGGUUGUAUCAUCCCUCUCCCCCUCCCUCCGCUGCCUCCAGUUUGUAGGUUACUGAAAGAUUUCACCAACCGAAGAUAAGAAGAUUAGAGAGGAAUUAAUGGUAUUCCUUUGUCAUUAUAGGAAUAAAUUGAUAUUUGGUUUUACGUAAAUCAGAGGGUGGGGACGGCGGGGACUCGGAGCAAACGCCUCGUUGUCCCGGGACGUGAGCAGAGGGACGGAACGCAGAGAAGCAAACUCAGCCAGCACGAUGCCUUUGCACUUGGAGCUAAGCACCGACUGAGGUUUACCAUGUCAGAGGACAUGAAAACAUCUGGAUGAUGCACAAGUAGCCGGGUGCGUGCGUGCGUGCGUGGUGCACAAUGAGUGCCGCUGGGACAUGGACGUGCCAGUAGAGGACGAGGACAGCUGUGGCCAUUCUCCCGGCGAGACACUGACGCAGUGGGAGGAACGUUUUGGUUCCUCUGGUCUUUCCAGAGCCCCGGCCUAACCAUGAGAGUGGCCCUCCUGGCCUUCAGACUGGUGUGCCUGGCCUGGUUGUGGCCCGUCAGCAGCCACUAUGCGAACAAGAGGAGGCACAAGGAGCAGUACGGAGAGAACACCAAGCUGAAGCAUGGAGGACGAGUGGAUCUUAAGAUGAAAAAGAUGGACAGCACCAAGUCUCUGCUUAUUAAAUCUGAGCAGCUGCUUCGGAUUGAAGACCACGACUUUGCAAUGCGGCCAGGAUUCGGAGGUUCGGCUAUUCCUGUCGGCAUCGACGUCCAGGUGGAGAGCAUCGACAGCAUAUCUGAAGUGAACAUGGACUUCACCAUGACUUUGUACCUGAGGCACUACUGGCAGGACGACCGCCUGGCCUUCCCCUCCAGCAGCAACAAGAGUCGCACCUUCGACGCACGUCUGGUGAAAAAGAUUUGGGUUCCUGAUGUGUUCUUUGUCCACUCGAAGCGCUCUUUCAUCCAUGACACGACCAUGGAGAACAUCAUGCUUAGGGUUUUUCCUGACGGCAAUAUCCUCUACAGCGUUAGGAUCACUGUGACGGCGCUUUGCUCCAUGGACUUCAGCAGUUUCCCUCUGGACACACAGAAUUGCUCCCUGGAGCUGGAGAGCUAUGCUUACAAUGAAAACGACCUAAUGCUCUACUGGAAGAACGGGAACGAUUCGUUGAGGACCGACGAGAUUGUGCUCUCUCAGUUUUUUGUUGAAGAUUUCCAGCCUUCCUUCGGUCUCGCCUUCUACAGCAGCACUGGCUGGUACAAUCGGCUCUACAUUAACUUCCUUCUCAGGAGGCACAUCUUCUUCUUCAUGCUUCAGACGUACUUCCCCACCAUGCUGAUGGUGAUGCUGUCCUGGGUGUCUUUCUGGAUAGACAGGAGGGCCGUACCAGCCCGUGUCUCUCUGGGCAUCACCACGGUUCUGACCAUGUCCACCAUCAUCACUGGUGUGUCAGCCUCUAUGCCGCAGGUGUCUUACGUCAAAGCUGUAGACAUCUACCUGUGGGCAAGCUUCUUGUUUGUCUUCCUGUCUGUCAUCGAGUACGCUGCUGUCAACUAUUUCACCACAGUGGAGGAGAUGAAGAAGCUAAAGAGGGCAAAGAUCCCCAACACCUUCGAUGCCACUGAGGCGAUGGCCUUCGAUGGCUGUUUCCAUGACAAUGACAUCGACAUGACGUCCUUCACGGAGGUUGCCAGCACCCCGAACACAGAGAGGAACAGCCAGUCUCGAAACUCCACCGUAUCCGGGCCCGCGGAGGGAACCAGGCUGCGCCGCAAGAACCCGGUGAAGCAACACCUGAGCUUCAUCAUGAGCAACAGCUACAUGAUCGACUCGUACUCCAGAGUCAUCUUUCCCAUGGCUUACCUGCUCUUCAACAUCAUUUACUGGAGUUUGUAUGCGUAGCGCAGGAACUGUGCAGCAGAAUAAACAGUAUUCAUUAUUGGCUAUUUUCACCAUAACAGUGUAACACCAACAAGCUGAUGGGACAUGAACUCACGUUUGACGAUGGACAUGGACGUCUUGUGUCUUCACACUGGAGUGUUCACUUGUGUUUUUGGUGAAAAUAUGAGACAAUUGAAUGGUUUUUAUUUUUGCAGAUGUUUGCGUGAGUUUUUGCUGGUUUUAUAAGAGAAAAGGUUUUAUUCUGUAAUAUAUAAUAUAUUGUAGUUACUGAUUAGACUCGAUUAUCAAAUUGUACAAAUACUUAACAUUGUUUUGAAAAAUAAAUGAAUGAUCAUGUGUCCUGCUAAA